UGUAAGCUCACAUCCCUCAAGCAUGGUAAAAUUCUAUAUGGAUUUAACCUCCAAUUACAAUGUAAAUGCGAAAAACCACCUUGCAUCUGUCAAGUUUCGUUCUUACGGCGGCCAUUGCAGUUUUGUACACUACGUCAUCAGAACGUGUGUACACAGACGACACAGCAUGGAAGGGUCGAAUGGUUCAGAUGCACAUCAACAAGAAAAAGGUGAGGAGGAUGGUGCUGACAUUGAACAAAUUAUUGAUACUGAGAGAGCCCCAGUACAGGAGACAGGAUAUGGUUACCCUCUAGGUAAUACAGGAGAUGAUGCCCCGCCUGGGAAUACAGGGGAUGACGGGGGAGGGGAGGAUUCCUUGGAAGACUCAGGCAGUGAAAAUGACAGCUCAGGUGGAGAGGAAUCGGACGUAGAAGACAACUUCGAUGACAUGAUGUACCCCAGUCAGCGUCUCCACAGGCACCCGGUGGACGAGCUGCCGAGAACGGUGGCCAAGCUGGAGACCAAGGACGGCUGUAUGGUAUAUGUGGUGGGCACAGCGCACUUCAGCGAAGAGAGCCAGGAGGACGUGGCCAAGACCAUCCACGCUGUGCAGCCAGACAUAGUGGUUCUAGAGCUAUGUAGAAGUAGAGUGAACAUAUUGGAGCUGGACGAGAGCACGCUGCUGCAGGAGGCUCAGAAUAUUAACCUGCAGAAAAUUAGGGUAGCAAUAAAACAGAAUGGCCUCCUCCAAGGAGUGCUCCAUCUGUUGCUCCUCAGCAUGUCUGCACACCUCACCAAGGAGCUGGGUAUGGCGCCCGGUGGGGAGUUCAGGAGGGCUUUCCAGGAGGCUCAAACCAUUCCAGGUUGCAGGGUACAUCUAGGAGAUCGACCAAUAGGAAUCACACUAAAGAGGGCGCUAGGUGCCCUGUCAUGGUGGCAGAAACUCAGGCUAGGUUUUUAUAUGCUCACAACUAAAGAUCCUAUAAGCAAAGAAGAUGUAGAGAAGUGCAAACAGAAGGAUCUUCUAGAGGAAAUGUUGAAGGAGAUGACGGGAGACUAUCCUGCUCUUAGUACAGUGUUUGUACAGGAAAGAGACAUAUUCUUAGCUAAUUCCCUCAAGAUUGCAGCACAGCCACUUCCUCAUCCAGAACUAGAUGGAGAUGUGGUUCCAUCAGUAGUGGUAGGGGUGGUAGGGAUAGGACACCUGCCUGGCAUCAAGGAACAUUGGGAGGAGGAACACAAUGUUCAGGAUAUUAUGACGGUCCCCCCUGCCACUCUGGUGGGGACAGCAUUCAGAUGGAUCAUCAGGGCAGGACUGGUAGGACUGUUGUCAUGGGGAACGUACAGGUUGCUACGGUGGUCUGGGGUCACGUGGUCGCUGUAUUAAUGGGAACAUGUGCAUGCUGACAUGGGGCACACGUGCAUUUAUGCUGGAGAGCGGUACUUUUUAAGCAGAUUGUUGUUCAAGCAGGGGUGUUUGUGCUGAAAGAUGUGGACUGGAAAACAGGAUUGCGGACACACGCGAACAUGUGCAGACAAGUGUGCAUGUGAAUGAAGGGUGCACGGUCUACAUUGGAGGCCCAAAUGAAUCAAAUCCAUGUUUUAUUCAGAUUUUUCUCGAGUUCUUGUAUAGAGUAAUCAUCAUCAUCGUCACUAAGGUGCUGGGACUUCUCAUUGGACACAUAUAACUUGAGCAGUGGCAUACAAGAGUUUCGCAUCAAAUGAAUUAAUGGCGGAACCUCUGGUUUAGAUGACAUUUCAUGAGGCAAGAGACCUAGAACUUUGUUGCACAUUUUAAUAUUUGCAUAUUGUGUUGAAUUUGAGAAAGAUCUUUAUUUUAUUCAGAACAAAUCAUGUAAUUCAUGACCAUUUAUACAAAAAAAUAUGAAUUCAGAUACACCAUUUUCACCAACAAAUAUAUAUUGUUUACGAAUUUGUGCAUUAGUUUUAAUAUAAUUAUUACGUUAUGUAAGUUUUCCAUCUGAACAGCUGCUGUGUUAGUUUGGUAGUAGAAUGUAGUUACUAGUGGUCUCCACUGUUUUAAAAGACGGGUCUUUUCUGGUUUAAGUUUGUCCUAAAAUAGGAUGGGUAUAAAAAUUCUUAGUUCUUAAUGGUGCUUCAAAGAAAAGAAAAAGUUGGAUAAAUGAAUACACGUAUGUACAUGGCAGUUCUUUCUAUUCUUUGUGAUAGUUCAGCAUUUUUCAUCUUUUUAAGCCAAGGCAAUACCAUCAUGGCAACUAUGGGGACGUAAAUAGCCCACCUUAGGCCCUGUUUAGAACAGAUGAUCCCAGUAUUUACUGAUACGCUGACAAAAUAUUGCUGACCACAGUUCAAGAGCGAUGAUGCCGAUUCCUGACUGACUCCACACGUGCCUUUAAAUGGAUUAAAUCUCAGCUCUUAGGUUUAUUUGCUAGGCCCCUGCAGUGACGGCACGUGUGGUGGCGGGGAGAACAUCAGGAAUCAGCAGCAUCACUUUAGAACUGUGGUCGGCCAUAUUUAGUCUGCAGAUCAGUAAGUACUAGGAUCAUCUAUUCCGAAUGGGACCUUGGAGAACUUUUAUCAGUGAACUGGUGAUUUGUAGCCCACCAGUCUACGUAGCUGUAGUUAUAAACAUUUUUACUAAAUAUGAAUGGUUAUGAUUAUUUUUAUGGUGUUCUCUCAGUAAUAAUAAGUGAUGCAUCAUGUUAUAUAACUGAACUUUCAGUUAAUAAAAAUAAUAAUGGUAAAAGAA